AUGAGAAGUGGCGCCGAGCGCAGGGGCAGCAGCGCCUCGGCGCCCCCCGGCUCGCCGCCUUCGGGCCUCGGGCGCCCCGCGGGCCCCGACGCAACGCCCGCCCUGCAGCCGUCUGCCACCGGCCAACCUAGAGCCCGGGACUCGGGCGAUGCCCGCGCGCAGCCGCGCCCCCUGUUUGCGUGGAGCAAGUGGAAGAAGAGGAUGAGCUCCUCCAUGUCCGGGGCCCCAGCGCGGAGGCCAGUGUUUGACGACAAGGAAGACGUGAACUUUGACCACUUCCAGAUCCUGCGGGCCAUCGGCAAGGGCAGCUUCGGCAAGGUGUGCAUCGUGCAGAAGCGGGACACGGGGAAGAUGUACGCCAUGAAGUACGUGAGCAAACGUCAGUGCAUCGAGCGGGACGAGGUCCGCAACGUGUUCCGGGAGCUGGAGAUCCUGCAGGGGCUGGAGCAUGUCUUCCUGGUGAACCUCUGGUACUCCUUCCAGGACGAGGAGGACAUGUUCAUGGUGGUGGACCUGCUGCUGGGUGGCGACCUGCGCUACCACCUGCAGCAGAACGUGCAGUUCUCCGAGGACACCGUGCGGCUGUACGUCUGCGAGAUGGCGCUGGCCCUGGACUACCUGCGUGGGCAGCACAUCAUCCACAGAGACGUCAAGCCCGACAACAUUCUGCUGGAUGAGCGAGGACACGCGCACCUGACCGACUUCAACAUCGCCACCAUCAUAAAGGACGGGGAGAGGGCGACCGCACUGGCUGGGACCAAGCCGUACAUGGCCCCGGAGAUCUUCCAGUCUUUCGUCAAUGGCGGGACCGGCUACUCUUUCGAGGUGGACUGGUGGUCGGUGGGGGUGAUGGCGUACGAGCUGCUGCGUGGAUGGAGGCCCUACGACAUCCACUCAAGCAACGCCGUGGAGUCCCUGGUGCAGCUGUUCAGCACCGUGAGCGUCCAGUACGUCCCCUCCUGGUCCAAGGAGACGGUGGCACUGCUGCGGAAGCUCCUCACUGUGAACCCCAAGCACCGCGUCUCCAGCCUCCAGGAUAUGCAGGCGACCCCCUCGCUGGCCCAUGUGUUGUGGGACGACCUCACCCAGAAGAGAGUGGAACCGGGUUUUGUGCCCAAUAAAGGCCGCUUGCACUGCGACCCCACCUUCGAGCUGGAGGAGAUGAUCCUGGAGUCCCGGCCACUGCACAAGAAGAAGAAGCGGCUGGCCAAGACCCGGUCCCGGGACAGCGGCAGGGACGGCUCCCAGUCCGAGAAUGACUACCUUCAGGACUACCUUGAUGUGAUCCAGCAAGACUUCGUGAUUUUUAACAGAGAAAAGCUGAGGAGGAGCCAGGACCCGGCCCAGGCUGCCCCUGAGGCUGAGGAUGCGGACGGAGAGGAGAGCCCCGCCCCGCCCAUGUGCGGCCCCAUCUGCCCCUCGGCAGGGAGCAGCUAGGAGCCCCGGGACUGCACUGGAAACUCGGGCCGCUGGAGGGACGGGGCGACUGGUGGGAGGAGGCCUCGCGUCAACCUUCCCACUGAGCAGCCCCGACCCAGGCUGGCGCCUCUGCUCUGUCCUGGCUACGUUUCCACCGGAGCAGCCGGACCACCAAGCUGCCACUGGGCUUUCAGACGUGCCUGGUGACAAGAGACCGUCAGUGGGCAAGGAGAGCGGCGCCACGCGGGACCUCUGAUUACAUGUGACCGUGGUCCUUCCUGGUGGCCUCCUGGCCCACUUGCUGGCAGGCUGCGAGGCUGGGCCACCUCUCAGCUGCACGUAGGCCUG